GAAGCAGGUGGAGGUGUGACGGCACCGCUCAGGUCCGUUUAGAACCUCAGGUGGAACCACGCCACGAGUUUGGACCGGCAGGAGGCCGCAGCGCCAACAGAACCUGCACAGAACCUGCAGAGGUCACAGCGUGGACCCGCUGAUCCAUCAGAACCUGCUGGUUCUGCAGUGUCUUCCCGUCCGGCACCGACAGGGGGCGCCCUGCCAGCUCCCGCCAUGCAGCAGCAGCAUCCCCCACACACAGAAAGCGUUGACGGAUCUUAGAUCUGCGGACCAGAACCGGAUGGGUCGGAACCGUAACUACCACCACCCGAACUGACUGGAUCGGAACCGAAGCCGAACGAUCUGCAAGAACGAGUGAGCCUGCCGCGGUUCUGCUGCUGCAGCAGGAAAUCAGACUCAGCGGCUCCACGAACCGAGGUGAGACCGAACCGUUCUGCUGCAGGUUGAUGAGGAUGAUGAUGACGAUGAUGAGCUCCUCGUCCACAGAAAAGAUGAAGAAGAAACCUCCGAAGGACAGUCUGACUCUUCUUCCAUGUUUCUACUUUGUUGAGCUGCCCAUCGUGGCUUCUUCUAUGGUGUCGCUGUACUUCCUGGAGCUGACGGACGUGGUGCAGCCGGCUCAGGUGGGUUUCCGGUGCCAUGACAGAGACCUCAGCAUGCCGUACGUGGAUGGAGGAGAUGAGCUGAUCCCGCUGCUGAUGCUGCUGAGCCUUGCCUUCGCCGGCCCGGCUGCUUCGAUCAUGCUGGUGGAGGCGGUGAUCUACUGCCUGCAGCCACAGCUGAAGAUCCACAGAGUUGAAGGAAGCAUCAACGCUGGAGGCUGCAGCUUCAACUCCUUCCUGAGGAGGACCGUCCGCUUUGUAGGCGUGCACGUGUUUGGGCUCUGUGCCACGGCGCUGCUCACUGACAUCAUCCAGCUGUCGACAGGUUACCACGCCCCGUUCUUUCUCACCGUAUGUAAACCUAACUACACUCUGGCAGGCGUGUCAUGUGACCAAAAUGCUUACAUCACCAAAGAUAUCUGCUCAGGACACGACCAGCACGCCAUCGUGGCGGCCAGGAGGACGUUUCCUUCCCAGCAUGCAACUCUGUCGGCCUUCGCUGCUGUUUACGUCUCGAUGUACUUUAACGCCACCAUAUCCAACUCCACCAAGCUGCUCAAGCCCGUCCUGGUGUUUGCCUUUGCCAUCGCGGCGGCGCUGACGGGCCUGACUCAGGUCACGCAGCAUCGCAGCCAUCCCAUCGACGUCUACGUGGGUUUCCUGAUUGGAGCCUUCAUUGCUGCGUACCUGGCGCUUCAUGCGGUUGCCAACUUCAAGUCUUCUGAUGACUUUGCUCAGGCUGCUACCCCUCCCCCUCCGGUGGAAGACCCUUUGCGAGCGCUGACAGAGCGUGGACACGAGUCUGUGUACAACAAGGGUCCUGCCUCUGCCUCUGAGAGCAAUGAUGAGAUAGCGGCGGCUCCGGUUCCCAUAGAGCGACUGGAAGGCCUCAGGCCUCUGCAGAGGGAGAAGGGCUCCAUGGGGAGCCUGAAAAGGGCCAGCGUUGAUGUGGAGCUGCUGGCCCCUCGCAGCCCGAUGGGCAAAGAGACCAUGCUGACUUUCAGUAACACCCUGCCAAGAACAAGCAUGAAUGUCAAUGGUCCUCUUGCUACCAACGAGGUGGUGGGGGAUCCAGUGCCUUCCUUGCAGCCAGUGCAGCGCCGUCUGAAGGCUGUGCAGGUACCAGUGGACCCCAUGAGGUCCCAGCAGCUGGUUUCAGAGUGGAAGCAGAAGUCCAUGGAGAUGCGAGGCCUAGGGGCUCGAGAAGAUGCGGACUGUGAACCCAGUGAGGAUGGUUCUGAAGUCAGCUCUGUCGGUACUGACGAUGCUGGUUCUCAGGCCCCAAUCUACCAGCCCUCUGUGCACACGGCGAGGGCUGGCACCGGUCGCAACCCCACCCCUCCUCCAGGUGGCGCCAAAGCCGUGGCCACUCCCAGACCACCACAGAUCCCUGAAGCCGGACCGCCCCCGGUGUCCCCAAAAAGCGCCUUGACCAGGGCCAAGUGGCUGGCUAUCCGGGAGAAGACGAGUGGGGAGGGGUCGGCUCGAGGCGCUGCCAAUCAGCCACGCCUCAUGCAGGUCAUUGCCAUGUCAAAGCAGCAGGGUCUCCUUCCCUCCUCCUCCUCUGGAGAGAAGUCCUCAGAGACCACCUCCACCGGCUCUGGCGCCUCCUCCAACACAGACUCCCCACACUGUCGUCGUCCCUCUGAGCGCCAGCGGGACGGACCGGGCAUCAUUACUGUGGACGCCCACGCCCCCUACUACCCUGUUGUAAAAACUCCGCCACCCCCACAGGCCCCGCCCCUGGCUGGGAACGGAAACCCGUGGGAGUGGGCGGCGGCGUCCAGCGGAGACGACCCACGGUACUCCUACGACCUCAACAAGCUGAACAGAGGAGAUGCAUCUGCGCGUGCUAGCAGCUUCUGUCCACGGCGCUCCGCCUCACCAGCUGCCGCCAUUGACCCCGCCUCCCAGGGGGAGCUGUCGGCUGACGCUCAGCGCAGGGAAAUGGCCAUGAGGCGCAAAACAGCUCUAGUUCUGUUGGAUCGAGAGAUCCGUAACCAGACUGAACAGGAGAACUAUUAUAAGAGUUUGCAGGGACGGAGGUACAAGGAUUAACCGUUCCGCUCCAAGACAAAUGCCUUAUCCUGAUCACUAUCACCUCAUAACACCCCAACAGUUACCUGCUCUGACGUCUGAAUGGUACGACACCUGUACAGUACGACAUCUGGACAGUACGACACCUGUACAGUACGACACCUGGACAGUACGACACCUGGACAGUACGACACCUGUACAGUACGACACCUGGACAGUACGACACCUGUACAGUACGACACCUGGACAGUACGACACCUGGACAGUACGACACCUGUACAGUACGACAUCUGGACGAUACGAAAGCUGGACAGUACGACACCUGUACAGUACGACAUCUGGACAGUACGACAUCUGGACAGUACAACACCUGGAC